AUGAACAUAAAUGGUGUAGGUUUUACGCACAAAAUUAACUCUGCUGGAAUCGAGAGGGCUGAGUCUGUAAAAGGUUCUGAUGAUGCUAACGCUGAUAAUUUGCAAACAGUUAGAAAUAAGUUAAAAAAUACACUAGCUGGUAGCAAGAAAGGUAAGUACAGCCUUGCAGAUUUGGACGGUGCAAUUGAAUCCACAUUUGGUUUUGAUAAGGACGGCGAUGUGGAAGUGAUGGAUCUCGAUCACGAAGGCGAAAGUGUAAUACUGUCUACCGUGCAGGAAAAUCUGGCGGACGUAGAUGCUUUUCGACCCUUACUGAGUUUCCCAAAUAGUAAUAAUGGCGAUAGUCUCAUUGGAUUGAGUAAUACUAAAGCAUUAUUUGUUGUUGAUACUAAUUUUAUAAUCUCACACAUGCAAACACUCGAAGAACUGCGGUGUCUUGGUACAGCAUAUAACCACAAGAUAAUUAUACCGAGUACGGUUUACCGGGAGCUUGAUGGUCUCAAAAAAUCCGAUCGCGUCACAGUUGUUGAAUUCCAUGGUGCGGAACGAAAAGGAACUGUCGGUGCAUUGGCACGUUCAGCGAAUGAUUGGAUUUAUAAGAAUCUGGCAAACUUAGAUUCUUCGUUAUUGGGCCAAAAAAUUCAACAGAAGCUUGACUUCAGUAGUAAAAAUGACGAUGCAAUACUGGAUUGUUGUUUGUAUUUUAGAGAGCGUAUACAAGGCCUUGUGAUAUUAUUAUCCGAUGAUAAGAAUUUGUGCAUGAAAGCUCUCUCAGAAAAUAUUCUGACAGUUUCUUAUCGUAAAGGCAUGUCUGCACAGCUAAUUGCAGAAAAAGCAUAUAUGGAAAAUCAAGCCAGUGGGGGUUCCACUCGAAAUAAUUCUGAUUUGGCAUUUUCGGAUGCUAUGAUAGAUGAUGACAAUAGUGCCCAAUGUUGUCGUGAAGACUUAUUGCAUAGCCGUGAUAUCCAAAGUAAGAUACUUGAAAUUCUCAUAUCUUCUAUAGAUAAUGUAAUGAAUGUUGAGUAUGACACAGAACUUGAAUUUGUUGGUUAUAAUAGGGAACAUUUGGUUACAUUUCAAGAUUGUGCCCGCUGUAUCCAAAACUUUUGGGUUUCAGUGUUCUCAGAGUACUUUGCAGGCUCGAAUAUAAGAAAGGAAACUUGGAAUAAAUUACCUGACACUUUGUUACAGAUAGCUAAAGAUCAAAGUUCAAUGCAAAUAUUUAUGGAAUUCUGGUCUUCUGUGCUAAGGCAUUUGUAUAUCAAAAGAGACAAAAAAGAUAACGCUAUGUUACAGGCAUUAUUAGGUGGUAUGAUGGAGAGCAAUAAAAACUAUACUGACCAGUGA